UCUCAAGGAAAGAAAAAGAAAGGAAGCUCCACCAUCACUAUCUUUCCUACCUGUAUAAGAGAGAGAGAGAGAGAGAGAGAGAGAGAGAGAGAGAGAGAGAGAGAGAGAGAGAAAUCCCAAUUCCCAGCUCUAGCAGAAAAAUCCAAUUCCCACAACCACCAAUGCUACUCAGAAAUUCCAUAUCAAAGGCCAAGAAGCUUUUGAACAACACCAUUCAAAGCUUCAAGACCCUUUUAUCUGGAGGUUAUCAACGGCUUCCCAAGACCCCUCCUUUCAAUCCCUUCUCAUGCGGUGGCGACUCGAACAUGCACCACAGCUUCAGAGAGCUAGAUACCUUCUACGAAGAAUUCACCGGACGAUGGGCUGUCGAUCAAGAAAAGUCAAUGAAGAGAAAGACGAAGAACAAACCGAAAGAGCCCACGAAGGAAGAAGCCGAUCCAAGUAAUGGGAGUUUUAUGAAGUUUGCGAACAUGAAUUCUCGGCAACAGAGAGACGAUUGUAGCAGAGAAAAAGAGAAAAGAAAGAGAAGAGUAGAGGAGGAAAAAGAAGCAGAAACGUUUUCUCACAACCUGAGAGUAGAAGCGUGUAACAUGGUCGCCGAAAGGCUGAAGGAAUUGGAGCUGAUGGACAUUAGCAAUGUGGAUUAUGUGCUGGACAUUGAAGAGGUAUUACACUACUAUUCCCGAAUCACCUGCCCGUUCUAUGUCGACAUCGUCAACAGAUUCUUCAUGGAGAUGUAUGCAGAGUUUCUUGUCCCACAGACAUCAUCAUCAUCCAGCCACAACAUCUCAGGGCAUAUUUCCAGCCGUUGAUUCCUUAGAUGGCCCAUCUUCUCCAUUGGGCCAUGUUUUCUCGACGCCUUUGAUUAGAAGGACAUAAACUGCAUUUAAACGUAGUGGUAGCAUCAGAUGGAAAGAAUGAUUUAUGGCAAGACAAGAUGCAUGAAGAGUAGUUCUCUCAUUUAUGUGAUUUUUUAUAUAUAUUUUUAUGAAAUGGGUAAGAUUCCCAUGAUUAUCUUCUUUAAUGGUGAGGAAGCUGAUCUAUUGUAGUUUUUGUUGGGGUGGUGGUUGUGGUGGCCUGCUGCUGCUGCUUUGAUCGUUGUGUUGGUGGUUGUUGUUGUAGGGCCAUGAGAUCACCAGCUGGUGAUAUGAAGCCUCCUUCCUUGCUUUUCCUUCCCUCUUUAAUGAAUUUACGUUAUUCUGAUUAGAAAA